GUGCAACAGAACUGCGAGGGAAGAACAUACAUUUCCCAUAAUCCAGUGCGUGUGUCAGAAGUGUGGGAGCUUGAAUCUCCAGCGUUGCCAGGCGAACGAUAUUUUUCUACAGUCUGUGGAAAAUACACUAGCUUUUGGUGUAGAAUUGAAUUCGCUUGGUGGGCUUAGCUAGCUAACUAAAUGUAAGGUUUAACCCUGCGUCUGCGAUUGAUGGGAGCAAGAUCGCGUUUUUGGACCAGUCGUUUCCGUAUACAUGUCGUCGCGCUUUUCUUGAUUGUAGUUACUGCUGCAUGGACUGUUUGGAACCUAAUGUCCAAGAUUCCGAGUUUCUCCGACUCAGGCAAGAUGAGCGAACAGACAUUGGACUAUUUUCUCAGAAAAGGGACAAUAAAUGAGAAGGAUGCUGCGAAUGUGGAGUGGUAUCAUAUGGCCAACACCAAGUCUAAAAUCACCAAAGCACUUAGAAGUUCUGCCCAAAUGAUUGAGGCGGACAUUAUAAUGAGAGGCCACGACCCCAAAGAGCCAAUAAUGGCCCAUCCUCCUCAGACGGACAGUGACAUCACUUUGCGUGAUUGGCUGAAGGAGGUGUCAGCGUCUGACAAGGGAAUAAAGUUAGACUUCAAAAGCCUGCAGGCAGUGGCGCCCUCUAUGCAACUCUUGAAGGAAAUUCGGGGGCAGAUGCAUGGCCCUGUGUGGAUUAAUGCGGAUAUCCUCCCUGGUCCUGGAGGGAAGGCCACUCCCCUGGCACCCCAGGACUUCCUAGAGGCAGUGGGACCCGGACACCCCGGUGACGUUCUGUCCCUGGGCUGGACCACAGGCUGGACUCCCAACACUGACAACCCUGGAUAUAGCUGGGAGAUGGUUCAGCAGAUGGAGGGGGUGUGUCGCGAUCUGAAGCAGCCAGUCACGUUCCCCGUGCGAGCUGCUCUUCUCCCGCAGUCCUACGCCCAGCUCCUCUGGCUCCUGCAGCAGUCCGACAGGUACAGCCUGACUGUGUGGACGGGGCUGAGUGAUGAGGUAGCCAUGGAGGACCUCCUGCCAUACAGGAAGAACAUUGACAAGAGCAGGGUCUACUAUGACCUCCUGGAGUCCCAGAGCAACGCCUUCAGGAAACUCCCAGGAUACUCUUAAACGGGCAAUGGAAGUCCAUCAGGACAAAGAAAUUGGGGAAAUGGCUGGGAUUUCAUAAGUGAUGGUGUGAGCUCACAGUGAGCUAUACACAAAGAACAAACAAGCACACCUUGUGUUUUAUUUUAGGACUUCUCCGACUUGAUAUUUAUUGGGUGACUGUAAGCUGUAGAGAAAGACUUAUGCUGAGGCAUGUGACAAAAUCUGACCUUGAUCGUCUACAAAGUAUUGCUGUGAAUGGUAAAUGGUUGCCAUGGUUGCUGUAUUAACCUAAUAACGCAGUCGGCACGUGGUGAGGCAUUAGAUGAAGAAAAAAAUACUUAUUGCGACUACAUUUCCUUAAUAAAUGGUAAAUGAUUGACUUGUUAAUUUAACCGCAAUUGUACCAAUGACUUUUCAUUGGAAACAGGUCUGAAUGACCAAUAGUGGAGCCAACUGCAGUGGUGCUAGUGACCCCUCCUUCUCAGCCCUCUCAGCACGAGCAGGAAAUUAGCUUCCGAAAAGAAGUCCGGCUUAAGCCAACCUAGAGGACCACGUGGUGGGGGUUGCCCUUUCUGAGAGUAUCUCACAGGUUCCAAUACACCAGACAAGCUCAGUAGUGUAUUUGAAUCCCAAACAGUUAUGUAUUUGACCUAGGACUGGUAGUGACACACCCAAAUUCUAAUAUUGAAUCCUGAUCAUGCAGUGAUGGGCUUGCUUUUCUCCAAAUUGGGAGAAAAUAAAAAGGGUUAUUCUUUAAAAAAAUCAUUGCAAGAAUAAUACCCACAUACGCAUGUUGAGGUCAGGGUUGGGGUGACUCCCAUUUUGUUUUCUAUUUCAGUCUUUCAAAUUCAUCAAAAAAUCAAUUCAAUAGUAAGUGGUGUGUUUUUGUUUGUAAAUACGUAUGUGUUCUUAUGACUAAGGCAGUUGGCAGUGCAGUCCUGAUUGCGCACAUUAUGCAGGUGCUCAAUCUCUCUGAAGUGGGGAUUACUGUUAUUGCUCAGCUUUUGAUCCCCGGUGGGAAUCGACUGUUUGGAGAGUGCGUUGUGUCGUUCUGAUGAGCAAACAAAUUGACCUUGCCCUCGUUGAUUGCGUUGGUCAGUGAAGCCUGGCGAUUAGUCUGUGGCCGGUGGUGGGAUUUGGACUGAGCUGCUCAUGUGAAUGGUGAAUGAAUGGUUGGCAUUUAUAUAGCGCCUUUAUCCAAAGCGCUGUACAAUUGAUGCUUCUCAUUCACCCAUUCAUACACACACUCACACACUGACGGCGAUUGGAUGCCAUGCAAGGUGCCAACCAGCUCGUCAGGAGCAUUUGGGGGUUAGGUGUCUUGCUCAGGGACACUUCGACACAGCCCGGGCGGGGGAUCGAACCGGCAACCCUCCAACUGCCAGACGACUGCUCUUACUGCCUGAGCCAUGUCGCGUCUAUGAUCGCGUCUAUGAUCACUUCGUAUUUACAACAACUUCACCCAAGUUGCUUGAAUAAAUGUGUGCCUCUACAAAUGCUCAGAGGAGAAAAGGGCUAGUUUUCUCUAGGUAAAGACAUCGGAAGCAGAUAACACGUGACGCAUAAGGGAAUCGCUGAGCUGCUCCCCCAUAGUCAACAGCAGUCCCCUGUUUAGCCAUUAGAUGGCACAGCUGUACUGAGAAUGGACCCACUUCAAGCAUCCGCCUUUCUCGUUUGAAUACAGGGAUGGGCAAGGAGGGCCGUAUCUGUUUCUGAACUUCUGCUCUUAAUUUAAUUAGGCCCAUCAUUUACAUGAUCUGUCAUUUUCAGCCACAUAGUGUCAUAUAAACAGCAGCUGAUAAAUAUUAUUUCCUUGUAGCAUUUUAUUGUUGUCUAAUUUAUGAGUGAAUCGGUCAUGCUGCAUGUGGCUAAUUAGCUGAUUGAGCCAGGGUAACUGGUGGAAGCUAAAUCCUGUUGCAGUGAGUGUGCCCACGUCUGAAUCUCCCUUCAGUGCAGGUUGGUAAUCAUUUUAUCAUGGUUUCAUAAUUAAAAGAUUAAUUGUGUUAAUUAUGAGAGGGAGUGGAGCCAUUGGUUCCUGGUUCAGCCUGACUCAUGGAAUGGUCUAGAAGCAGAAGCACUUCAUAGCUCCACAAGAUGGAUUACCUGCUUUGAAUCUCCAGGUCAUGUCAAAAGAGCUCGGAGUGGACCCGCCUUGUUAAAUGAAGGUAAAAUAAAUACACCUUAAUUGGAAUGCACUCAUUGUCCAUUUUGUUUAGACUGCCAUCAGAGAAGACUUUCUUUUUUCAGCUGUAGUUUGAUCUGCAGGGAGCUGAAUGGAGGCGUCAGGACGUGUGUGCAGACACUGCUCAACAGAAGCCCUAAUGAUAUUCAGCCUCAUCAGAGAAAAUAAUUAUUUGAGGACCCACAGCUGUGUUUCUAUGUAUAGCAUUAAAGGGGCUAUUUAUUUACAGAGGUCAUGUCAAGGUCUGUGACGUCAGAGAACGCAGAACGAGGGCAGAGAAAGGGGAGGGGCAUUAUUUGGAUAGGCUCCGUUUUCGGCAGGACUGGUGCAUGGACCCUUUAACCAAUCAGUGACUUGAAUGAAGCAUACAAGUGUUGAAGCGAAACAAGGACCAGGGGUGCAUCCCAAAACUGGAGAAAUGUAUCUUCACUACCACCAUGUCUCCUACCCUGCAGUGUGUGGAGGAAGGGAGACUAUGUUUUGAGUAUUGUGAUGCACCACAGAAGGUACUUCAGAAAUUCAGCUUUACCACUUACCAUUCAGCUGGACACCCUUGAUGGAGAUUUUUAUCUUUUAGUUUGCCAAUUCCGUUUUUUUGUGAGUGCAUAAAUGAAACUUGCUUUUGCUUUCUGUAUAAUGAACCACAAUAUUCUGCCUCGCAUAUAAUGCAUUCUUCCCACUUCGUUGCCCUUAAUAAAGAGGAACCAAAAAUUAUUUGUGAAUAAACCUAAUGCAUUUCAUGCAUCAGAGGUUUCAUGUCAAGUGAAAACAGGUGGUAUUUUAAUCACAUUAAUUUGCUGACAUCAAAUAUCCAUUUACUCUGUGUGUUGCCAGUGCAAUAAGCAUUGCAAUUUAAGUUUUUGCCUGUUUGAAGCGUGAAUGCACAGCCUUUAUGUACACAGCCGAGAAGGACAGAAUGGAAAAUAUUUCUUGUAACUGGUUAUUGAUCCAACAAUAAAAUUUUAUUUGUAA